UGUCCGCCUGUUAGGAUGGAGGAGACAUCUCUACUCUGGCUGCUCUGUGUGUCCUCCCUGCUGAGCUGUCCCACCACCCAAGUGUCUCUGACUGUGAGUCCCAGCAGCUCUCAGCUGUUUGAAGGACAAUCUGUCUCUCUGAGCUGUGAGGAGGACGACAGUUUUGCUGGAUGGACUCUGAGGAGGAACACAACCAGAGACACCAGGACUCAGUGUGGAGGGGGCUGGGGAAGACCUGCUGGUUCCUCCUGUAUCAUCAGCUACAUGGUCCCAUCCCACAGUGGGGAGUACUGGUGUGAGUCCAGAGAGGGACCAACCAGUACCAGCAUCAGCAUCACUGUCACUGGUGGACCAGUGAUCCUGCAGAGUCCUGUCCUCCCUGUGACGGAGGGACAAGACCUCACUCUGCACUGUAGGACAGAGACGUCCUCCAACCUCCCAGCGUCUUUCUAUAAAGAUGGCUCCUUCAUCAGGACUGGGCCUGCAGGUCACAUGACCAUCCCCCAUGUCUCCAGGUCUCAUGAAGGCCUCUACAGGUGCAACAUCAGCGGUGUUGGAGAGUCCCCCCCCAGCUGGGUCUCUGUCUCAGUUCUGACUUCACUGCUGAGCCGCACAACAGACACAGCCUCUCUGACUGUGAGUCCCAGCAGCUCUCAGAUGUUUAAAGAUGAAACUGUCUCUCUGAGCUGUGAGGAGGACGACAGCUCUGCUGGAUGGACUCUGAGGAGGACCACAACCUCAGAAACCAGGACUCUGUGUGAAGGGGGCGGGGGAAGACCUGCUGGUCCCUCCUGUACCAUCAGCUACAUGGUCCCAUCAGACAGUGGGGAGUACUGGUGUGAGUCCAGAGAGGGAACCAGUACCAGCAUCAGCAUCACUGUCCCUGGUGGACCAGUGAUCCUGCAGAGUCCUGUCCUCCCUGUGACGGAGGGACAAGACCUCACUCUGCACUGUAGGACAGAGACGUCCUCCAACCUACCAGCGUCUUUCUAUAAAGAUGGCUCCCUCAUCGGGACUGGGCCUGCAGGUCACAUGACCAUCCCCCAUGUCUCCAGGUCUGAUGAAGGCCUCUACAGGUGCAGCAUCAGGGGUGUUGGAGAGUCCCCCCCCAGCUGGGUCUCUGUCUCAGGUGUGUCCUCCCUGCUGAGCUGCCCCACCACCCAAGUGUCUCUGACUGUGAGUCCCAGCAGCUCUCAGAUGUUUGAUGGACAGUCUGUCUCUCUGAGCUGUGAGGAGGACGACAGCUCUGCUGGAUGGACUCUGAGGAGGAACACAACCAGAGAAACCAGGACUCAGUGUGGACCUGACUGGGGAAGACCUGCUGGUUCCUCCUGUACCAUCAACUACAUGGACCAAUUGGACAGUGGGGUGUACUGGUGUGAGUCCAGAGAGGGAGCAACCAGUACCAGCAUCAGCAUCACUGUCCCUGGUGGACCAGUGAUCCUGCAGAGUCCUGUCCUCCCUGUGACGGAGGGACAAGACCUCACUCUGCACUGUAGGACAGAGACGUCCUCCAACCUCCCAGCGUCUUUCUAUAAAGAUGGCUCCUUCAUCAGGACUGAGCCUGCAGGUCACAUGACCAUCCCCCAUGUCUCCAGGUCUGAUGAAGGCCUCUACCGGUGCAGCAUCAGCAGUGUUGGAGAGUCCCCCCCCAGCUGGGUCUCUGUCUCAGGGAAACCCUUGACUACAAGUCGUCCUACAUCCAACUGUCUCCCCCCCUCCGUGUUGUGGCCCGUCUCAGUCGGUGUUGUGAUUGUGUUGGCUCUGCUGGUCGUGCUGGUUCUACUGGUGAGACGAUGCAUCCGUAACAAAAGGAAAGAUGCUCAGGCAGAAGGUACAAAUGAGGACAUCACAGAUGAUGUCACAUACAGUCAUGUCAAAAUAUUACCUAACCUGCAACAGCCAAUCAGAUGGAGCAGAGAGAGUGAUCCAGCUGCAGUUUACUCAGCAGUGAGACGGUCAGAGGACACCAGUAGCAGACAAAUAGUGAUCAAAGACAUCCAUUCUAGCAGGGCGAGAGAGAGAGAUCCAGCUCCAGUCUACGUAGCAGUGAGACAAGCAGAAGACGUCAGACAUGGACAAAUAGUCCUUAAAUCAAACAGGACCAGAGAGUCUCAAGCAGAGCCAGAGGUCCUCUACUCCUCCCUGAGGUAGACCUGGACCCCAUCACGCCAGUCCAUUGGUCCCCAG